UCAUUGAGUGAUUAAUCAGGCCGCCCUAUCCCUAUCUUUCUGUACUGCGCAUACUCUCAUUGGUCACUGUCAUUAGCUGGGACUCUAGCCGCUUCCUGGGCGGCGGCCAAUCAGCGCCGUGAGUGACGAGCUAUACCAUGUUAACCACUCGCUGCCCCGGCGCCGGGAACUGGCUGACGGCUCCCAAUCCGCAGCGGCACGUCACGGCGCCGCCAGCCAAUGGGCGGAGUGUGGAGGCGAGAGCAGGGAGACACCGCUGGGUCAGGCAGGGAGCUCGGCGGGGGGGACCCAGGCACAGACUGACAGGACAGCGCCGGUCACAGCCCCAGGGGAGGCUGUGGUGAGGCAUCCUGCUGUGUAUCCCUAACCAGCAGAUGUUGCAUGGAGUCUGUUCCCAGUCAGUGAUCUGCCUCAGUCAAUGUGCAGGAGGCCGGGAGGGAAGCAAGAUGUAUGCGGUCGCCCACUUAGAGCUGCUGCUCAUAUUCUCAUCAGAUGGAAGGAUGAGUUAGCCAAAGAUAUUUGUGCUUUUAAUGCUUCCGUCUGGGCUUUGAUUUGGAUCCCACAGGCAGGCCCUGUGUGUUACUCCAGCUUCCCUCCCACUUACAGCAACAGAUUGUCUAUAACAUGAGGUGCAGAAUAUAUAAAAGGAAAGUAAUCAUCCUCACUCUGGUGGUGGCUGCCUGUGGCUUGGCACUAUGGAACAGUGGCAGGCAAAAGAAAAAUGAUUUUGUUCAGGACGUGGAUGUUGAAAAACCCCACAGUAGGAUACACGUAUCUCCAGGGAUUAGGAAGAUGUCCAACGAGUCUUUGGCUGAGAAAAUACAAAAGCCAGAAGUGGAUAAUAUGACGUUAGUGUACAGAUCUGUGGUUUUCCAGCUGAAUUUUGACCAGACCAUCAAAAACUUGGAAAAAAUAACCAACCGGCCACAAGACGACGUGGUAGUUGUAGUGCAAGUGCACAAUCGCCCAGACUAUUUACGGCAUCUCUUGGGCUCCCUGCGUAAUGCAAAGGGCAUUGAGAAUGUAUUACUGAUAUUUAGUCAUGAUUAUUGGUCCCCGGAGAUAAAUCAGAUUGUUGCGGGGGUGGAUUUUUGUCAAGUGCUUCAGAUAUUCUUUCCUUUCAGCAUUCAACUGUACCCCAACGAAUUUCCUGGCCACGACCCCAAGGAUUGUCCUAGGGACAUCGAGAAGAAAGAUGCCAUUAAGCUCGGCUGCAUUAAUGCCGAGUAUCCAGAUUCUUUUGGACAUUACAGAGAAGCCAAAUUCUCCCAAACUAAACAUCACUGGUGGUGGAAAUUGCAUUUUGUCUGGGAAAAGAUAAAAGUUUUGAAAGAUCACAAGGGUCUGGUUUUGUUCAUUGAAGAAGAUCACUAUCUGUCCCCAGAUUUUUACUAUGUGCUUAAAAAGAUGGCAAACAAGAAAAAUGAAGAAUGUGCAGACUGUGAUGUGUUGAGCCUGGGGACUUAUGUUCGUCUCCUGUCGUUCUCGGAAAAAGCGGAUAAAGUGGAGGUAAAGACGUGGAAGUCCACAGAACACAACAUGGGUAUGGUCAUGGACAGAGACACCUAUCAGAAACUUAUCCAGUGUACGGAUACCUUUUGCUCUUAUGAUGAUUAUAACUGGGAUUGGACUCUUCAGCACUUGACUGUUACGUGUCUUCCCAAGUUCUGGAAAGUGAUGGUGCCUGAAGUCCCCAGGAUUUAUCACAUUGGGAGUUGUGGAAUGCACCAUAAGAAAUCUUGCAAACCAACUACAGAAAGUGCCAUCAUUGAGGCUAUGUUUACAGGCAACCAGCAGUACUUGUUUCCUGAGAACAUCGCGAUUAGCAGGCGAUACUCAAUGGCCGCCCUAUCGCCUCAUGUUAAAAACGGAGGAUGGGGAGAUAUUAGAGACCAUGAGUUAUGUAAGAGUUACCGCAGGCUACAGUAACGGUGGGGCCGGAGUUGUAGUAUUGCUGACUCUCUCUUCAGAAUAUUCCAAGUUUAUGGAGUUUAUGAAUUUACGCUCUAAUUUCAAUUUAACCGUUUUGUCAAAUGUUGUCCCAUAAUCGUCCAUUGUUUCUAUUUGUGUGAAAAUCUGAUUGGAAAAAUCGAAUUAUGCCUCUUUAUUUCUUACUAAUUACAGAAGUCAAACAUGCAUCAUGUAUAACAUGCCUAUGGAUAUAAUUUUCAAAAUAAAUAAUGAACUGAUCUUA